UCUCAUGUUAUGUUUUUUUUCCUAGAAUGCCUAAGUCAAAGGAACUUGUGUCUUCAAGCUCGUCUGCCAGUGAUUCAGAUAGUGAAGUUGACAAAAAGGCAAAGCGGAAAAAGCAAGCAGCUCCAGAAAAGCCUGUAAAGAAACAGAAGACUGGUGAAAGUUCAAAAGGUGCAGCUUCUUCUAAGCAAAGCAGUAACAGAGACGAGAAUAUGUUUCAGAUUGGCAAAAUGAGGUAUGUCAGUGUUCGUGACUUUAAAGGGAAAGUCUUAAUUGAUAUUAGAGAAUAUUGGAUGGAUCAAGAAGGUGAAAUGAAGCCUGGCAGAAAAGGUAUUUCUUUAAAUCCAGAACAGUGGAACCAGCUGAAAGAACAGAUUUCUGAUAUUGAUGAUGCAGUAAGAAAACUGUAAAGACAGCCAUACAGAAACCUUUAUCAUUUUAGUUGUUUUAAGCAGUCUUUUUACAUUGGCUUUUGUUUUCUAAAAUAUUGUUUUCCAAGCUAUUGUAUAUUUGGAUUGCAAAACAAUUUGUAAGAUGAAUACUUUUUUUAUGUGCAUUAAAAGUGUAUUCUGAGUGAGGCUAUUUGUGUAUACUUUACUAAAAGGCAAAUGUGUUGCUUCCACCUCAUGGUGUAAAAUAAACAAAUCAAUAAUAUGUAAAGCAUAGCUGUUUAUGGCCUUUUGAUUGAAGAUGUUUGCUGAGAAGGCCACCUGAUCUUUGUUUUGGUUUCAGUUUAGUUAACAGUUCAUAUGAAUUCUUUUUCUGAAGAGAUUCUUAAAAUGUCUCCGUUUUUUCCUUUACUUCAUACUCUUUGUUAUUUCUCCAGAAGUUCUUUUCUUUAAGACUUGAUACAAACAGUGGAUACCUAGUAAAACACAUUUUUGUAGAUAACUUUAAAUACUGUAUUUGCUAAUUUACCCUAUUUAUUCAGAUGUAAACAGUCCUGAGUAUAUAGACUUUUUUGCAUUAUUUGCAUGAAAUAUUAUGAUGCGCAGUAACACUUGAACACAAGCCACAUGCUGUUCCUUCCUAUUUUUUUAUAGCUUGCUUGACUUAGAAAAUACAAUUAGCCUUUAUUCUUGGACACUAGAUUUUAGAAUGUGAUACAUAAACUUUUUCAGUAAUGGACAUAUACCUCAGAGUAAGAUAGAAUUUAAAAGCUCCCAACUUGGUGGUUAUUUGGGCAACCUGUCCAAGCUUUGCAUUAAAUACUUUCUUGAACAUGUACUGACUAGUUAUUCUAUAGACAAGAACACUUAUCCUGCCUUUGUAGGGCUUUUGUUCAUAUUUGAAAGUAUUGUAUAAACAAAGAUGUUUCAACUAGGCUGUAACACAGGUUAAACAGUCAAACAGGGUUAAAAUUGCUUCAGCCAAAAUGGCUGGCUAACAAGCUUCUGCCCUAUCCUUACUGCCUGCUCAAACCAUUUACCUUUGCUUGCCUUGUGUGGCUUACAUGCCCAUAACUGUUUUAUCUUUUGUACAGAACAUAUUUAGCGCUUACAGUGAAGCGCUGGUACGUAGCGGAUCACGGUUCUAGUGAACUUCACUUGUCUGUCAGUGUGCUGUUCUGGUAAGAAAAAAGCUUGUCUUCAGUGGAAGCUGCGUUAAAACUAAACACUCUCCCAACUCAAGGAAAUCUUGGUGGGUGUCAUGAGACAAAUGAAGGGAAAACGCUAUGUUUGAGUAGCAUUUGGAGAGAUAAUGGGACUCCAGUGCAGAAACUAAAGGUGAAAGAUCAAAGUUAGCUGACAGUAACUACAGUGAAGAAACUUGUUAGUGGAACUGGAGAAGAGUUCACUUUCUGACUUAAUUCAGUUAAUCGAAGGAAAGAAGAUGAAACGGCUUCAUGAAAAUUGACAUUUCAAGACCAUAUAGUGAAUGUACAAUCUGUUGGUUCUGCUGUAAUUUUCCCAUUUGAUGUUAAACUUAGUGUAUUUUUAAAAUUUUGUAUAGAUAAACUGGAUUUGCUUUUUGUUUAAUUUUGGAAUAUCUUAAUAUAAUUGUUUAUAUUGCAGAUGUGCAUGGAAGUCCUGUUCUGCUAAGUGCCAUACACAGACUGUUCCUGUGCUGCAGAGUUUAUAAUUCAAUACAAAUGGUAUAUGAAGCGUGAGGAAAGGAGACUUCAUCAAAUCAAAUAAAAUUGUUAAUUUAACGGAUAUGUCGGAUAUCUCCUCCUGCUUUUUAGCUUACCCACUGAGAAAUUUCAAAUAAAGUUAAGAUUUGGUUUUGUAUAACUCAGGAAAUCUUGAGUUUUUAAGAAUUGUUUGAGGGUGAGUAAAAGGGUGAAGAGAGAUUUCAUGGUAGCAGCUGCAUUUUGGGCACCUCUUUUUGAAUGACUCUGACUUGUAGGGAUAUGUGGACCAAAUAGAAUAAAUAUGUAGUCUGCUAAAACAUCACAGAUGAGUGAAUGGAAAAAGUCACUUCAGAUCAUUAUUGACCAGCUCUAGGUGGUUUUUUUUUGUUGUUUGCAGUAUGUACGUAUGAAAGUUUAUUCCUUUAAAUCUGGAAUUUUGUAACUAAUUUUCAUAUAUUUUUACCUCAGCUUUUGUGUGUCUACUUAAAAGUGCAUGAUUAUCAUAGAGGGAACAUUGUCCUCACUUAUGUUACUGUUGUAUUAGGUCAUUGGAUGGCAGUUGUGAAUCAGAGUAUGAUAUAAUUGUGUUCAAGAAGGUGGAGAGUUAAAUUCACUCUUUUCGAGGGAAUAAGUGAAAGUUUUAAUAUAGUGAUUAGUUCUGUUGUGGAAACUGAUGGUAGAGAUGUUCAAAGAAAUAAGUAUUUGUUAACCGAGAACUAUUAGUUCCUUUUUUAGAUAAAUGCCUUGCUGAAUUUUGGUGGUGAUGAGCUGUUCAUCCCAUAUUCCUUGAUACUUGAUAAAAUUUGGGGCAGUUUGUUUUUUACUUUAGCUUGUGUGUUUAGAAAUAGUUUUUCAUCUGCCAGUUAUACUUCUGCCUGUAAUGAUAAAAUGUCAAAUGUUUUACUUGAGCCAGUCUUCUCAACAUCUGCAUGAAUGUCCAACAAAAAAGGUAACUAAACCAGUCAGUUUCCCAAAUGAACUUAAAAUGGGACAUGCUGAAUUGUAAGGGAAUUCACUGAGCAUCAGGUGACCGAUGCUUGCUAUGAAUUUGACACAUCCAAUGUUAUUUUGAUAUAAAUGAUUGGUUUUGAUUUGUCCUACAAGUAUUGUCUAUGGCUGUAGUUUUCUAAUUUGAGAAGAAAAUUCAAAAUUUUUGAAUAAAGAAUAUUUUCUUGCAGACAAAAUAGUAGUUAGGAUGCAUACAGAAGUGUCAAUGGAAAAAUUGUGCAUGUAUAAAAAAGACAUGUAAUACAAGAUAAAAAUAAACACUAUUCCCUUUUCCCACGGAAGUGGCUGAAGACAGAUGCAUUUGAUUAUUGAUAUUUAUGCAGGGCAUAUUAGCAAUAUGUUUUGUAAGUUAAACCUACUCUAGAGCUUAGGAGGGGGGGAAAAAGGCAUCACAGUUAGAGCUGCCAAAGUACCAUAUGUGUGCUAAAUCAAACUGUCAUGUACAAUGUUGCUCUUAUGUACAGGCAUCCAUAUUGAAAUUAAACAAAUGUGGUACUUAGUUUGAUAUUUCUGUUGGAGGAAAUGCCCCAUUUGCAUACUUUUUAUGUGAUCUGUUAGCAAAAAAAACCUGGUAAUUGUAAUUUUGGUAACUCAAAUGUCAUGUUAACCGUGUGGAAUGUUGAAUGUUUUGUUCUGGUGGUGUCUUCUGCAGAGAGGCCACUGGAAAUAUGAACCCUCCAACUGUAAUUAUCUUAAUGUUCAAAUAAAAAUAAAUGAUGUAUGUGUAAUACUAGUUUGAACACCUGGAAAUAAAUUAAGACUUCUGUUGG